AUCAGGCUGCGCUGUUAUUCGCUAUGGCUGAAUGGUUUAUAAUAAUAAUAACUGGUCCCUCUGGUUUCUAAACUCACCGGUUCUGUAGAGAUGCAGGAGAUGAAAUCAUCUAAAGAGAAGAGGAGGAAACGCUCCCACCGCGACUCUGAGGAGAGGAAACGGAAACGGAGGAGCGCUGAAUCCGGUACUGAGACGCCCCAAGUCCCACAUCAGUGUGUCCUGCAGGAUCCUAAAGAAGAAGCCGAUUACGUGGGCGAGGCUCAGAAGGAACCGAGCGAUGUUGAAGAGGGUGGUCUGGAUCUCUCCGUGCCCUUCAAGCCCAUCAGCGCUUACCUGAGCGACAGGAAGGAGAUGCUGGAGCAGUGCUUCCACGUCCUCGGUCAGAACAAGCUGACGAAGAUGCUGCCCGACGAGCUGAAGAGCUGCUCGUUUGCGGAGAUCAAGACGUUGUGUUGGGAUCAGCUGCAGCAGCUUUCUGAGACCAACCUGCUUCAGAUACUGGAGGGUGUGGACGUGACGGCUAAUUCCGAAGACGAGGAGAAAGAGGCUAAAAAGAAUUCAUCGGACAGUCAGCAGGACAACAACGUGGAUUCCACCUCCUCCGUGAAGGAAGGCGCGGCGGAAGCCGAGGAGAAGCAAGGUUUAUCCGGAGAGGAGAGCGACGUACUGAGCAUUAACGCCGACAUGGACGACAGUGACAUCGAGGGCCACCGGGACCCCAAACCCCAGCAGGACGAGGUACCCGCUGCCACGGCGACGCCUCCUCCGCCUCCUCCGGCUCCUCCUGGCCAGGAGGACUUGAAGGUCGCGAAGGAGCCGGAUCAGCCCAAGCUGGACCUCCAGCACGACAUCGAUAAGAGCGUCAGUGAAAUCCUGUCGCUGACCACGCCCGCCUCCGACGGCGCACGCGAGCCCGGUCUGCAGGUACAGCCGGUCGCCGUGGAGACGGCUCCCGCGUCCCCUCCCGUCGCCGCGGCAGCACCGUCGGCGCAGCAGCUGGCCCUGCUGGAGCUGGAGAUGAGAGCCAGGGCCAUCAAAGCUCUGAUGAAGGCCGGCGAGGCCAAAAAAUGACACUUCCGGUUUGGUGGCGCCCCCGUGUGGUGCCCGUUUGAAAGUAAACACCCCGCCACUAGAGGGUGAUAGAUAGAUAGACGGUGCCAGUCCUCACAUCUGCUACACAAUAUGACCAAAAGUAUUUGGACGCCUGACCAUGAGCUUGUCGGACGUCCGGUUAAACAACAAACUUUUAUUAAAACAGAGAAUUUGAAGUCUGUGGGAAUUUGUGCCCAUUCAGUCAGUACGGCUGGGCACCGAUUGAUCAGUGGCUGUUCCGAUUCAUCCCAGAGCUGGUGAGUGGGGCUGAGGUCAGGGCUCUGUGCAGGACGCUGGAGUUUUUUUUUACAGAGCUUGCUCAUACUGGAACAGGACCUUCCUUAAACUGUUGCUGCCCAGUUGGAAGCAUAUAAUUUCCUUUAUAUGAUUGAUUUAUUACACCUGUUUGCAACUGCGGUUCUAAUCGUUAGAACUGGUGUCCCAAUACUUUUGUCCAUAUACUGUACCACUGCUGGUAAAAACAUGGUAAAAAUAAAUAAAUAAAUA